GCGAGUAAGAUUCACACUCCAUAGAAAAUUGGCGAUCAGAGAUUCAGCAAAAAGAAGCCGAAAAUCGACGACCAAAAUGGCGACGGAAACGCCGCCGGUACACCCCUUCGUCGCACCGUUAUCGUAUCUAUUGGGAACAUGGAGAGGACAAGGCGAAGGUGAAUAUCCAACGAUACCUUCCUUCCGCUACGGCGAAGAGAUCCGUUUCUCACAUUCCGGCAAGCCGGUGAUAGCUUACACGCAGAAGACAUGGAAGUUAGAAACAGGAGACCCGAUGCACGCAGAGAGCGGUUUCUUUCGUCCGAAGCCAGACGGUUCAAUCGAAGUCGUUAUUGCUCAGAGCUCUGGUCUCGUUGAAGUCCAGAAAGGAGCUUACAAUGUCGAUAAGCAAACGAUCACACUCAAGAGUGAGCUUGUCGGAAACGCAUCCAAGGUGAAGGAGACAAGCAGAGGAUUUGAAUUGGUUGAUGGAAAGCUAUCGUACGUUGUUCAUAUGAGUACAACCACACAGCAUCUUCAACCUCAUCUCAAAGCCACUCUCGAAAAGCUUUGAAACACUUGCUUGCUGCUGAUUCUGUUGAUUUUCACCACCGUUUAAGAACAUUUUGAUUUGAUACUCCUUUAGUAUUGAGUCGGACAAUUUGAGAGCUUAACGGGCCUUUCUAAAAACAGUGAAAAUGACCUUUAAAUUA